AUGGACGACCCGGAGGCCCCAUCGGCUGGACAACUGCCGCUACUCGGCGCUCGCCGCCCCCCGGAAAGCCCAGGAAGCGAGGCGCAGACUGCGCAACGAACGCCGCGCGGAGAUCAACGGGCACAGCAAUCGAUGGGAAGGAAGGACUCGGUGAUGAUCCCCUACAUCCCGCCCUACGAAGGCCCCUCGCCGGACUCGUCGCGCGGGCUGUGGACGCAUCUGAAGGUCGGAUGGCAGAAGAAUCGGCUCAAGGAGGCCUGGGGCCAAUGGCUCGGCCAGCGCCAAUCGAAGCAGAACGUCGACUCGGUGCUCUCGCCGGCCAAUCCGGCAUGGAUGACGGAGUUUGUCGACGAGGCCUACCAGGCCAUCGUCCUGGCCCACCAGACGGUCACCACGGGCCAGUUCGAGGACGAGCAGGUGAAGCGAUCCCUGCAUCCGCUGAUGGUCGAGUUCCUGCGCGAGAAGCGCCGGCGACUGCUGGGCUCGUACAGCCCGAGCCAUCUGAUCAGCUGGAUGAAGCAUCCCCCGCCGGCGCAGGAGAGCGAGCUGGCGGUGGUGGCCAUGCGGGCGGCGCCGUUCGACCAGGCCGGGACGCUCGUCCAGCUCGCCGUCCGGUUCCGCUCGCGCCAGAGCCUCGAGAUCCGCGACGAGCGCGGGCUCGUCGUCUUUGGCUCCCACUCCGAGCCCCAGCCCAUCAUGGAAUACUUCGUGUUCCAGAAGCGGAUGGGCCAGGUCGAUGAGUCGUUCCGCCUGCUCCAGCAGGUCGACGAGGAUCCCAAGCCGGAUUGCUUGCCUGUCUAG